CUAAACUACUUCUCUCUCUCUCUCUCUCCUCCGGUUUCUUCCUUGACAGUUCAGUCUUAUCUCUCUACGAACCUGCUCAGAUAGAGAGAGUGGUUGCUGGUGCGUGAUUCUAGGGUUCCGUCGCUUUGUUCCAGCUUGAGUUUUCUGGGAAAGAUUGCAGAAAUGAAGGAAGAGUAAUCGAUAAGAGUUGAUUAUAUCCUCCCUCCUCUGAGCAUUCCAUCCGGAGAUUCUUUGGUUUUUUAAAGUGUGGAUUCUUAAAGAGUGGAAGGAAACAUGGCAGCUAAUAGUAGAUCCAAGUCGGAGAAGAAGGAUGCGGAGAAGCAGCUCCGGCGGGACCCUUACGAGGUUCUUGGAGUCUUGAAGAACUCUACGGAUCAGGAGAUUAAGAGCGCUUAUCGGAAACUAGCUCUCAAGUACCAUCCUGAUAAGACUGCUAAUGACCCUGUUGCAGCCGACAUGUUUAAGGAGGUCACCUUUUCCUACAACAUCUUGUCUGACCCUGAGAAACGCCGCCAGUAUGAUUCUGCUGGUUUUGAGGCCGUUGAAGCAGAAGGCCAAGAGCUGGAGCUGGAUCUCUCAAGUUUAGGAGCUGUUAAUACUGUCUUUGCAGCUUUGUUUAGCAAACUCGGUGUGCCGAUUAAAACAUCUGUGUCUGCAACUAUAUUGGAGGAGGCUCUUAAUGGCAGAGUUUCAGUUGAUCCUCUUUUACUUGGACAAGCUGUUACUAAAAAGGUUGAAAAGCAAUGUGCACACUUUUAUGCUGUCACAGUAACAGAAGAGGAAGUAAGUUCCGGGUUGGUCUGCAGAGUAGAAUCAUCUAGCAAAAGCAAAUUCAAGUUACUCUACUUUGAUCAAGAAGCCAAUAGCGGAUUGAGCUUAGCCCUGCAGGAGGACAGCAAAAGAACUGGCAAGAUAACAUCUGCCGGGAUGUACUUUCUCGGUUUCCCUGUCUACCGGUUGGAUCAUACCAACAAUUCGAUGGCUCAAGCAAAGGAUCCAGAAACUGCGUUCUUCAAAAAGCUUGAUGGGUUUCAGCAAUGCGAACUUACUGAGCUUAAGGCUGGCACUCACGUUUUUGCUGUCUAUGGUGAUAAUUUUUUCAAAAGCGUGAACUACACAAUCCAAGUUCUUUGUGCUGCCUCAUAUACUCAAGAAAAAGAAGACCUUAGGUCUGUAGAAGCUCAGAUCCUCACUAAAAGGGCAGAGCUUGCAAAGUUUGAGACAGAGUACAGGGAAGUGCUUGUGCAGUUCACCGAUAUGACCAGUAGAUACGCUCAGGAAAUGCAAUCGAUUGAUGAGCUUCUGAAGCAGAGAAAUGAAAUUCAUUCAGCCUACACAACAGGUCCAGUGAUAAAGCGGAGCUCGAGCAAGAACAGACUGAACAGACUAAGAAAGAGCUCGUUCAAGAAGGCAGCGGCCGAGGCGCCUGCACCAACUGAGCAGGAAGAAGAGGACGAGGAGGAAGAGGAAGAGGAAGAAAGCAGCAGAGAGAAGAACAAGAAACCAAGUACUUGUGAUCAGUCUGAGACGCUUAAGAAGAAAAGCAAAUGGUACAAAUUACAUUUGAAAUUGGACAAGAAAAAACCUUGUUGAAGUCUUUUUUUAUCCAUCCUCUUUUGCUUUCUUUUCAUUAAUACAUUUAUAUUUUUCUCCCUCUACCUUUAGGCAUCCUUGUAUCUGUAAAUCAUUUGAUAUUUUUCUCCAACUUGUUAUUCGUAUUAAUCAACUCUUUAUUUUUGACAAUUA